UCCAGGCUUCUUCAAUCUUCUCUGCAAUUCUUCUUCUUCUUCUUCUUGUUUUCUUGUCUGUUAGUUGUGGAAACUGAAUCUUCUUCAAAUAAUUCAAGAGAAUUAUUCUUGACAAUGGGAAUCAAUACCGAAACAUUCCUCUCUGAAAAAGAUCGGGUCAAUGCCCCACUAAGACCCAGUUUAGAUCAUGAGUGCAGCAGUACCCAAACUGCACCAUCAGAAGUUGAUGACAAUCCUGAUCACGAAGAUGAUAAGGUUAAAGGAAGAGCUGAUCAAGAACAAGACCACAAUAAUCAAGAAUUUCGCCAAAAGGAGAAAGAUUACGAGGAAGAUGAAAAAGAAGCCAAGUCUUUAAUGUCAUCGCCGCCGUCGUCGUCGUCGUCAUCUUCUUCUUCUCUGCAAAUAAAAUUGCCAGAAUUCAAGGUUGAAGACGACGAUGAAGAUGGAUUCAAGACUCCGACAUCUUCGGACUGUAGAAUUCCGUUGAUACCCAAAUGCCCGCCGGCCCCGAGAAAGUCCAAGACAAAGAGAAAAGCGGCGGCCAUGCCGGCGAGAGCCAGUUGCGGCCAACAGAGAAUAAAAAUUGAUUUAUCUAGAGAGAUAUUUGAGUCCCUUUUCUCGAUUCGUCAAGAUGAUGAUUACCUCGAUCAACAGAUCAAGAUGGUUAGACAAGAAAAUAUUAUGUGAAAAAAAUAGUUAUGAUCCGUGAUGGUCCGAUUUUCAUUUUUCAUUUCAGGUCAUGGAAAUUAAACUUCCAUGAGACAUUAAUCAGUUUCGCUGAUAAUAUCUUUUUUUUUUUCCUGUAAUUUCUGAUAACAUGGUCUCAUCAGACCCUUUGAUGAUCAGUUUUAAUAUGCCAAAAGUUUGUAGGUACAAAUUUACAAUCUCCUGAAUCUUUUUUUCCCCCA